GACACUUCAGCCGCCCCCAAAAUCACCGAAACACCCAGCUGGGCAGGCGUGGUUCUCGGUCCACCACCCGAGAAUUCGAGAUACUACGCCGUGAUCGGUUCCUUCACCGUACCUAAUCCACGUCCCGCGAAGACUUUUGACGGCCAACCGAGCAAGUGGGUUGGUUCGGCAUGGGUCGGUAUCGACGGUUGGCUUGGACAAAACACUCUCUUCCAAGCCGGGAUCGACUGGACCGUCAGCGUCGAAGACAACGGAACCACUAGUACUGCGUACCGCGCUUGGCACGAGUGGGUUCCCGACCUGCCUACCUAUUUCCCCAACUUCGUCAUAGAACCUGGAGAUACCAUCACAAUCCUUUGUGAGACAAACUCGACGUCUUAUGGAACCUGUGCAAUUCAGAACCAGAAUAAAGGAGUCGCUGCCCAGCAGGGAUUUCAUGCACCUGCUGAUGCUGGUAAUGCCACGAAGUUUGACCUGGAAGGCAAGUUCGUGGAGUGGAUUGUGGAGGACCAGAAGAAUGGGUAUGGACCGCUUCCUUUCGCUGAUUUUGGCAGCAUUGAAUGGUUCGACUGUCAGGCUGCGACC